GUGAGACUUCUCUGAACCAUGGGGACCCAUGCCAGUAAUUUCUACAGGAAUGAAGAUCAGAUCCUCACUGACGUUACAGAUCCUUCUCAUGCCAACUGGAUUGUCAUCCAUGCAGAGACCUGCAAAAUGACAGUACCAGAGGUACAGAGAUGUUGGAGUCGGUUCCUUAUGUUGCAGCCAGAUGAGAAGGGAAACCUGCCACGAACAUGUUUCCUCCAAACCAACACUCCUUUUGGCCAGAAGUUAUUGAAGCAAAUUCCUGUCACAGAUGAUGACCGCAUAACAUUCCAGACCUACUGUAAUGCUGUGUCCUGGCUCUCUAAAAGCAGCCUGGAAACCAAAUUAAGAGGUCUCUAUCAAAUUUUAGGCCCUGGCAAUAUCGGCAGGAAACAGCUCCAAGGCCUGUUGCGUGACUUAUGCCCUAAAGAAAAGUGCAGGGCAAUUCAGGAGCUUUCCAGACUCUUUCUCCAGGAAGUGGAUAAAAGCAAUCAAGGAUAUAUCUCUGAAGACAUGUUUGUUGCGUGGGUACAAACUCUUCCACAAGAAACAGUGCAGUCUAUUUUAAACUUCCCAAUUAUACAUCCAAAUCUGACCUUAAGCAAGUCUCAGAUUUCUUAUCCUGGUAUCGCAGUGGAAGCUGAAGACAAGCAGGGGUUGAACAACAGGCAGCUUUCCCAGGUGGCCACAGAAGUAUCAGCAAAGAAGAGAAACUGGAAGCUUCUUGCUCGUAAACUUGGCAUUUCUGAGCAGGAGUGCUUCCAGUUAGAGCAUGAACAUCUGGAGUCAAAGGACCAAAUCCUGAAGAUGCUGCAGAUUUGGCACCAAGUGUGUCAAGAGGCUCCUCUCCCCCUUCUCCAAGCUGCCUUGAGAGAGAGCGGCAAUGCAGAUGUUUGUAACAAAGUCUUCCACUUGAGCUUUUAGAGGAUUUUUGCUGCAGGAGUGUGAUGGUUUGGGAAAGUAUCUACAGGGCUUGGGAUUCUAAUCAUUUGGGCA